AUGUUGGAGCGUCAACUGAAGGAUUUGGCUCCUGAAACAUUUGUUGGAUCCAUGGCUCGUCAGUUCGGUAUUUAUAUUGGCUUGCACACGAUCGAAGCUAUUUCUAUGGCCUAUCUGGUUUCACGUUCACCUGUAACGACAAUAAGUCCUGAAACAAUCUACUUUAUUCAGAAAACUGAUGACUCCAUACGACAUGUUAUUGUUGUUCUUUGCACAUUGUUAUCUUAUUUUCCUGCAAAAAUUUUGGUAAUAUGCUGGAUUAUUCUAUGUCGUCUAACUAUUAAAGCGACAGUUAGUAAAUUGGAGAGUAGAUUACAACAACAAUCAGAGCAGAACUCAGCCGUCAAGUCUAAUCACAAUUCAGAAGGGGAAUCCACUUACACUACACUGAAUGGAUCCUUGUGAAAAUAAUAUCGAAGAUUUUAUCUGUGCAUAGUUACAGGAAAAAUGAAGAGUAACCUAGAUAUUGUUUAGUCGGAAAGGGCAUCAUUCCAAUUGUGUUUUUGAUAACUGUACGUGAAUCUGUUCUCUAGCUCUGUUAAGUACAUUAUACUCUUUUAUUAACUUUUACACUGUACCCUUCUCAAAUUUAAACAGUUGAAUGUAUCUUUUUGUUGAUUUGUAGAUGAAAGUUUUAUCUGUCUG